AUGGUACGUGCACUGUUGCUAGUUGAAUUGGCCCUGGUCGGUACGACUUUGGCCGGAAUGUUGCCGAUCGGGUACUCCGGAUGGGAAGGCCGUAUUGUUGGAGGAAAAAACGCCGAGGAAGGUCAAUUUCCUCAUCAAGCAUCGCUCCGAACGUCCACUGGGAGUCAUUUCUGUGGAGGAUCCGUCAUCAGCGAUCGUUGGGUGCUAACAGCAGCUCAUUGUACCUAUGGAAGAACACCCCAAAGCACCUUCGUUGUUGUGGGAGUACUCUUGUUGAGCGAGGGAAUUCGCUACGACUUGGAAGACAUCAUUCAGCAUCGGUUCUACAACCCACGGAGGAUGGAAAACGAUAUUUCACUACUUCAUGUUGCGUCCCAAAUUGUGUUUACGAGUAAGGUGGGACAGAUUCCGCUAGGGUCAGAAUUUAUUCAGCAACCUUUGACCGCUCAAGCUUCCGGCUGGGGACAAACUUCGCACCCUGGAUCGCUAGCGGGACAUCUGCAGUUUGUCAAUGUAACGAUCAUUUCACUGGACGAAUGUCGGGAACGUCAGGUUUUUGGCAACGAUGCAUUUGUUCACGAAAACACUAUUUGCACAUCAAGUCCCCAGGGUAUUGGAAUGUGCAUGGGUGACUCUGGUGGACCAUUAAUCUCCGAAGGACAGCUGCAAGGGGUUGUUUCUUGGGGUACGCCUUGUGCUCUUGGUAUACCCGAUGUGUUCUCUCGUGUUUCAUCUCACAGAAGCUGGAUUUUGGAAACUAUUUCAGGAUAA